CCUUGUGGUGGUAUAGGGUAUUUCAGACAGGACUGCGCACCCAUAUCAGAUUUUUAAACUUCCCAAGUUGUAAAACCAGUCUUGACAUACAACAUGGGUGAGGGAGGAUGUGGAAAAUUUGGCAAGGUGUUUCUCGUGGUCAUCAAUCUGAUAUUUUUGCUGCUUGGAAUAGGUCUCCUUGCAGCAGGGGUACUGGUGAAAGUAAAUGCCGUGUCCUCUGACGUCACGCCCGCCCUUAAUGAAGUGAGCGUUGCCGGAUUCGACCUGGGAGACCUAGCCAACAAUCUGUCUAUUUUGUUUAUCGUAGUCGGAGCAUUCAUUGUAGUGGUGUCCGGUUUGGGUCUGGUCGGAGCCUGCUGUGAAGUUAGAUGCAUGCUGGUUGUGUACGCCAUCCUGGUGUUGAUCUUGCUCAUUAUGAAGAUUGCGGCUGUGGUUUUAUGGUUUCAGAUGAGAAAUGAGUUUAACGAGGAACUGAAGGCGGUCAUGAAGAAAUCGUUGGAUUCGAGUUUUAUUAACGAUACCUUGGAUAGUUCUAACGCUAUCUCCAAUGCCUGGAACUACGUAUUCCUGCUGAUUGAUUGCUGUGGAAUUAAUGGAACUGAAAACGAAUUUGAGGACACUCCCUGGUGCAAUUCAGUAAACAGCACAUGUCACGAUAUAAAUGCCAAAAUACCAAGAACGUGUUGUACUGGAGUGGACGAUUCAAAUUACUUAAACGCAGAUGCAGUUUGUUAUCAACAGGCAAAGAGUUACAAUACAAAGGGUUGUUUUGAAGCAGUAAAAGAUCUCAUUUCGAGUUAUGGCACCGCUUUUAUUGCCAUCUCUAUUUGCAUCAUAGUUGUGGAGGUAAGAACGAAUUCAUCAACUGCAGUCAGUGUACAGAGACUGACGUCAGAAUCAAUAAUUGUACAAACUGGCGUCAGAAUCAAUAAUUGUGCAGCGACUGACGUCACAAUCUAUAAGUGUACAAAGACUGACGUCACAAUCUGUAAGUGUACAGAAACUGACAUCACAAUCUAUAAGUGUACAGACUGACGUCAGAAUCGCUAGGCGUACAGAGACUGACGUCAGAAUCAAUAAGUGAACAGACUGACGUCAGAAUCAAUAAGUGUACAACGACUAAUGUCAGAAUCAAUAAGUGAACAGAGAUUGACGUCAGAAUCAAUAAGUGUACAACGACUGACGUCAGAAUCAAUAAAUGUACCGGGACUGUCGUCAGAAUCAAUAAGUGUACAGAGGCUGACGUCAGAAUAAAUAUGCGAACAGACUGACGUCAGAAUCAAUAAGUGUACAGAGACUAACGUCAGAAUCAAUAAGUGCACAGAGACUGACGUCAGAAUCUAUAAGUGAACAGAGACUGACGUCAGAAUCAAUAAUUGUACAACGACUGACGUCAGAAUCAAUAAGUGUACAGCAUGUUCUGUAUAUAUAUAUAUAUAUAUGAUAGUUUGUGGUUUGAUAUGAUUUAUAUUCAACGAGUUUUGUUUUUCUAAACACACUACGAGUUGAAUAUUAAAUCAACUAAAACCACAAUCCACGGGAGAUUCUUUUUAUCACAUGUUAACCCCCCCCCCCCUUGGUUAUUCAUUUCGUUACUAUAUUUACUAUAUUGUUGGGAAUUGUGCUUCGCUCUGACAUAUUGCAACAAACUACGUGAAAUUGACGUUUGUGUGUGACGUCAUGAACGACUUAGGAAAAGCUAGUGUAAUAAUUAAAAUUUAUGUAAUGGGUGGUAUCCACUGGAUAAAGGAGUAAACAUGUGAUAAAAGUGAAUAUUAUUUGACCAUUCAUAGUGAUUAUCCUACGGGAAAAUAAGUUACCGAAGAGAGAAAAAAUUACUACUUUCCGGAUCAAAUUGGAUUCUUAUAAUGUAGGUAGAUUUUGUAAAAUGUUACGGUCGGCCAUUCACCAUUGAAAACUUUAUUUCAGUCAUGUAUAGUAACGAGAAAAAACGUUUCAAGGUCAUGUUCUGGUUUACAAAGUAAAUAACGCUGGGCGAGUGUGCGGACGUAUCUAUGAUAAAAAAAAAAAUAAUAACAAAUUACUCAUUGAUAAAAGGAUUUUUGAUAUUAGAAUGCGUCUUAUUCUUUUUCUCUUACAGCUUCUCGCCGUCGUCUUUGCUUUCGUCAUUUGCAGGCAGGCGGGAUCAGAUUCGAAAACUGUUUAGGACAUCCUCUAUACCGAUUCCUUGUAUCACCAUAUUGUUUUAUCAUAUCAUUGUAGUCAGUGUUACAUUUAUUCGCUUCAUAAUGUACAUUCUUAUAUUCAUGUGGAAAAUCCUUAAUGUGUGUUAAGUAGAAGUGUUAUAGCGAGAAAAAGAAACUCCAGUGAAAUAUGCUUUUGUGGGGUUGAUUUUUGGUUUGUUGGAGGGGAUGGCUAUGUUUUUCAAAACAUGUUUUAUCUUUAUGAUUAUAUUGUUUAGAUUUGAAAGAAAUAGAUAUAUUAUUUGGUCUGUUGUUUAAAUGACAAUAUGUGUAAUAUGAAACAAGUAAAUAGUAAUCGGAGAGAAAGCGAAACUCAUUGACAAUAUAAUUCCUGCUUACUACAUAUAGGUAGAUAUACUGUAUAAAUGCAUUUACUGGAGUUUAAAACCAAGCUUUGUCUCGAGUUAGCAACUUUCCUAUGAUGAUCGAAGGAUCUCUCAAAUCAAAAUUUUAUUUUUGUACAUUCAUAAUAUUUUGGUAAUUGUUCAUGGGAAUUGAUCAUAUUGAUAUGAAAUAAAAUCUGAAGUAUUUUGAACAAAAAUGUUGAAAGAAUCAUGAAUUUUACAUUCAAUAAAUGUGAAAAUUAAAAA